UCGGUAUUUCCUACACGGCGACCAAGAGAAGCACACAGCAAUUCUCUCGCCAUACGGAGCUCGUUCUUCCCUUCGUCCUUCUCGAUCUCGCUCACGCCUUCGGGUCUCCGAUCGCCUGACCGGCCUCGGAUCGUCCACGGAUGGCGGAACCGAGGCACCCGCGCUUCCCGCAGCCGAAGCCGCCGUCCUCGCAGCUGCUCCGCGCCACGCUCCUCAUCUUCCGCUUCGUCGUGCUGAUCCUCCUCGUGGUCGGCGCGUGCUCGUUCCCGAGCAGCUCCGGCGGCUCCUCUAAGGCGAACGAGCUGAGCUCGAUUUUGAGGAUGAGCGUGGAGAGGAGUGGACUUGGAAGGGAAGGAGACAGAGGCGAGCAGUGGGUUGAGCUCAUCUCAUGGGAACCUAUAGCGUUUGUGUAUCACAAUUUUUUGUCUGAAGACGAGUGCAUAUACCUAAUCGAACUUGCCAAGCCCCAUAUGCAUAAGUCAACUGUUGUAGACAGUAGUACUGGAGAGAUUAAAGAUAACAGGUUCACUUACCAUCUUUCAUCCCUCUUCAUGAAAUAUCUGGUCGAUAGUGUAUUCCUUUAUAAUCUCAUUGUAUGCAGGGUACGGACAAGCUCAGUGAUGUACCUGACGAGAGGGCGUGAUAAGAUAAUUGGGGAUAUCGAGAAAAGGAUAGCAGAUUUUACCUUCAUACCCGCAGAGCAUGGAGAGGAACUUCAAAUCCUCCACUAUGAAGUUGGGCAGAAGUAUGAACCUCACUAUGACUACUUCCUUGAUGAAUACAACACUAGGAAUGGUGGUCAACGAAUUGCAACUGUUGUCAUGUACCUCUCUGAUGUUGAGGAGGGAGGUGAGACAGUUUUCCCUGCAGCCAAGGGUAACUUGAGUGCAGCACCUCGGUGGAACGGGCUUUCUGAUUGCCGUAAAAAAGGACUUUCUAUUAAACCGAAAAUGGGUGAUGCACUUCUUUUUUGGAAUACGAAACCUGAUGGUGCUCUGGAUGAAUCCAGUUUCCAUGGUGGUUGCCCUGUUAUUAAGGGGAACAAAUGGUCAUCUACUAAGUGGCUGCGUGUGCAUGAGUACAAAAUUUGAGAUACUAAGGUACAAAAGUUUGUAAACUCCUACUGUUGUAACCUGUUUGAAUUCUCUGGCGAAGGCCCCGUCUUUUGGGUGUCAUGUACUCCUUUCACGUUAGCAACCUGCAUGCAGGGACUCGCAAUUGUGCGUUGUCUUCAUAGUCCUAUUGUAAUACAGAAUAAUAAGCUUGAACAGCAGUCCUCGUUCCCCCCUCUCUCUUCCUUCCCCUCUUUUCCGGAAUCACAUUAGAACACGAGGAUGCUGAUGAGUGCCAUUAUUGUGAACUUCUGGAAGCAAUGGGUGACGCAUUUUGCAUUCCCCGCCCCUUAAAUGCGAGUACAGAUCUCAUCACAUAAGUUAUGAAUAGACAUUUUCUGUUCUAGCCAA